CGCCGCCCCGGCCCGGCCAUGUCGUACGGGCCGCUGGAGCUGCCGCUGCCCCGCGCGCCGCGGGACUUCGCCGCCAUCAUCCAGACAUGCAGCGCCAACGUGCAGCGCAUCACGCAGUACACCGCUCAGAUAAAGAACUUGAUGAGCCAGCUGGGAACCAAGCAGGAUUCCAGCGAGCUGCAGGAAAAUCUACAACAGCUACAGCAUUCUGCCAACCAGCUGGCUAAAGGGACCAAUGAAUACCUAAAGGAGCUGGGAUCUCUGCCGCUUCCUCUAUCAGCUUCUGAGCAGCGCCAGCAGAGGCUUCAGAAGGAACGUUUAAUGAGCGACUUCUCUGCGGCCUUAAAUAACUUCCAAGCAGUACAGAGGCGAGUUUCAGAGAAGGAGAAAGAGACGGUGGCGAGGGCGAGAGCUGCCUCCCGUAUCUCUGCUGAUGAGCGCUUCAGAGAAGAGCAGCUGGUCUCGUUUGACAGUGGUGAAGACUGGAAUCAAAUGCAGUCUCAGGAAGAUGAUGUGGCAAUAACUGAACAGGACCUUGAACUUAUUAAAGAGAGAGAAACAGCAAUCAGGCAAUUAGAGGCAGACAUUCUGGAUGUCAAUCAGAUAUUUAAGGAUUUAGCCAUGAUGAUUCAUGACCAAGGAGAUAUGAUUGAUAGCAUAGAGGCAAACGUGGAAAGUGCGGAAGUCCAUGUGGAACGAGCCAGUGAGCAGUUGCAGAGAGCUGCAUAUUAUCAGAAGAAAUCCCGUAAGAAGAUCUGUAUCCUGAUUCUUGGCCUUGCUGUGGCUUCUCUAAUCUUAGGACUCAUUAUCUGGCAGGCAACAAAAUGAAGUUUUCCCGUGGAACUUGGUCUCCUUGCAGAGAGCAGUUCUCAUCCCCCCCGAGCGAACAAGCUCACUAGUCUCAGAAAUGAAUUGACCACCCCAAGAGAGCAGAAGCUGGAACUUCUUCUAGUAAUAGAUAUUAGCAACUAAUGUGCAGAUAACUAGUAUAUGGAAUUCGUGAACCAUGGAGCCAGUAUUUAUCAGUUUAUAUACAAAUUAUAUUGCUUUAUGUAACUAAGAUCUUAUGUAUUUUUUUUUUGUUCUUUCUGUAAUGUAUUAUUCCCUGUUGCAAAUGUAUACUUAUGUGUGAUCAAUAAUUGGAUUUUUUUUUUUGUUGACAAGUGGCACAGUUUGAACAUCUUGUAAGUAUGGAUGGGUCUUGCACUAAGAAUGACACUCCAAGAGGGCACAAUACAGAUGCGCGUGACCUUAAUCCGGUGUUUCUAACAUUUCCCGUGUCUGCCCCAUGCUUUAAUUCGUCUCCAGGUGGUUCUGAACUCUCCAGUACAGCAGAAUACCACUACAUAUUUGAAAGGCAAGAGGUAGGCAUUAAUUACCACUGCUGACACCACGAGGGUGCUCAGACACAGGUCAGUUUAGCCAUGAGACUGGUAACUGUUUUAUUCGUGUUUGAGCGCAUUUGGUGGGUUGUGGUGUUUUUUGGGGGGAUAUUUUGUUUUGUUUCUGUUUUUCUUCCAGUGAAAUGUUUGUGAGGACAAAGCACCUUUGGUUUAGGAUAUAAUGCAGCUUCCCUGGGAAACCCAGCUGGUGGCUUAUUACUGGGCAAAUAAAACUCUUCCGAUGCUGAUUCUUAAACACUAGAAAUACUAAGGUGCAUCAAAUCUGUAUCGGGUGCAGGGGUGAAAAAAGUAGCUGCUCACUUCUGAUUGCUUCCUAGAAGCUUUUAGGGGAAGGAUUGUGCAAAGGUGGGAAAAGGGGCACCCAAAUUUACAAGGUAGCAGAAUCACAUGAGUGUAACCUGGAAUGCUGCUCCCAAAGAAGCACUCUGGGAAGCUCCCCCGUGUUGCUUGUGAGCACCUGGUGUCUCCUGCCGUUUGUGCACGGGAAGKUGCGGGACGUGGCUGAGGGAAGUGCUGGGUUUGCCAGGGUCUGAGGCCG